AUGGAGACAUAUUUGAGAGCAGAUUGGGCUGUGAAGCUAAUCGUUAUCGUCGCAAUCGGAUCGGUUUUAUUCCACGCUGUCUCCGGUGCAAACAUCACCGUCGGUGGCUCUUCUGGUUGGGAUCUUACUUCAGAUCUUCAAGCUUGGACUGCAGAAACUCCAUUUCAUGUUGGCGACUCACUAGUGUUCUCCUACGCUGGGGCCCACGACGUGCUAGAAGUGCAUGAAGAAGAUUACGAAUCGUGUAACAUCUCACACCCAAUCAAAACCCACAACGACGGCGACACUGUGGUCCCACUCAAUCAGCAAGGAACCAGGUACUUCGUCUGCGGCCGCCAAGGUCACUGCCUCAUGGGCCAAAAACUCCAAGUCCAUGUCCUCCCGCCCUUUACAACCCGCGUAGACGACGGCGCUGACACUGACAGCGCGAAAAACCCUGAUCGUCGUGGCGGCGGCGGCGGCCGUGACCGAGGCAGAAGGCAACCUAGACUAUCUCCUACUCCUAGCAGUCCUAAUAAUGAGACAGGCAAUCAACCAUCAAAUCCUCAAGACCCCGACUUGUCGUUUUGGGUCCUCUUCCUUGUCUUUGCAGCGGUGUUCCAGAUACGGUGGAUGACCACUUGA